ACAUAGGAGCUAUGAAGGAUUUAUUCAUGCAACUUCAGAAUAUAUGUAAUGGAUUAAAAGAUGAAAACGAAAUCACUAUUAUGAAAAAAUAUAGUUGCCAUGCGGAACGUUACACUAUUGUCCUGACAAUACUUACAGUUUGUAGCAUAUUUAUUAUUAUUGUCAGUUUUAUUGGAUCGAGUAUUUUCUGCAUGAUAUUACCCAUGAAUGUAACUCGAUCACGUCGCCUGCCGAUUACGAUAGAAUACUUUAUCGAUCAAGAAAAAUAUUUUUAUUUAAUUCUGUUACAUAUCAUCAUGGCGAUAUGUAUCGGGGCAAUUGCUACGCUAGCAAUAGGAACAAUGCUUAUUGCAUAUUUCCAACAUACCUGUGGUAUGUUUAGAAUUUCUAGUUAUCGUAUUAAACGCGCAAUGCAUAUCAAUACUCUAGAAAAUAUUAAAUGGAAGAAGGAGAAUUUAAUAUUAAAAGGAAUAAUUAGUGCCAUAGAUAUACAUCGGCAAGCUAUGAAUUUUUAUAGAUUAUCCAGGCUUUUGGCAUCAGAAAUUGAGGCAAUGUUAUAUUGUUUAAUAAUGCUGGGAGUAAUCUCUUUGAGUCUUAAUCUUUUUCGACUUUUUCAGAUUACGUCAUCCGAAAAUGAUAUUGAGGAUUAUAUGUUUCCCUUUCUUACUACAACUACCAGUAUCCUAUAUAUGUUUCUAGCUAAUUAUAUUGCGCAGGAUCUAACGGAUCACAAUAGUGACGUCUUUGCUACUGUGUAUAACGUUCAAUGGAAUGUAGCCCCGUUACACAUACAGAAAGUGAUAUUAUUUUUGCUGCAAAGAAGCAUCAAAGAUUUUACUAUAAGCGUUGGAGGACUAUUUGUCGGAUCGUUGGAGUGUUUCGCCUCGUUUCUUAUUUUACUGUUAUAUAUUCAACGCAAUAAUGUAAGGCAAGCAGAGAAAUAAUAACAAAUAAA